GCGGAGCCAGCGUGUCUCGUGCUCGGUUAGUUAGCGGAGCUGCUCGCGGGCAGCAGGCAGAGGGAUGGUCUCGCGCUCGGCGGCGGGCAGCAUCAGGUCAUGUUGUCCGCGCGGCUGGAGACCUGCCCGCGUGUCACCUUCAGCGGAGCGGGAACUGCGUCGACUCCGGCUCGAGGACCCGAGGCCGGGAUGGGCGGGGAGCCGUGUCCUCACAAGCUGGGAUCGACCAAUCACCUUCGACUUCUCCUCUACAUCCUGAUCCCGACCGUGAGCCUGCUGGCCGGCCUGCUGCUGCUCGUCCUGACCCUCACCGCGGGGAGUCUCUCAGCCAAUCAGAGCAGAGCCUCAAACAUUCAGACUGAAAGAAUUUCAAAUAUUUACGCAGGUAUGUUCGGCAGCAGCCUGUUGGACUCCAGCCCGCUCCCCUCCCCCGAGCCCAUCGCCGACAGCAACCCUGGUUACCAUGGCAACAGCACAAACCCCUCCUCCUCGUUCCAGACGGAAGACGCCACGGCCUCGCUACGAAACCGCAGCGACAACGGCGACGUCGCGUACGGCCGUAGCAACCACAGCACGCCGGCUGCUACCACCAGCGUCCCUCCUUCCUCCUCCUCCUCCUCCUCCUCCUCCUCUCAGGCCCCGCCCACGCAGCCCUACACAAAGCCUUCUGAUUGGCUGACAUCUGUGACGUCACUGAGCACCGCCUGGCCGAUGAGCACCACCCCAACGCCGGACUCAGGUAGCUGUCAGCUGAUCGUGGAGCCUCAGUGUCACAUGCUGCCCUACAACCAAACAUGGCUGUCCUCCUCCGUCGCCGUGGUGAAGAGCUCAGAGGUCGACAUGUUGCUAAGGUUCUUCAGCUACCUCAGCAGACUCUCCUGCUACAGACACAUCAUGCUCUUCGGCUGCUCGCUGGCGCUGCCCGAGUGCAUCGCCGCCGACGGCACACACAGCAGACGGGUUGUGUUGCCCUGUGCGUCGUUCUGCGAGGCGGCGAGGGAAGGCUGCGAGCCCGUCCUCCAGAUGUUUAACGCCUCCUGGCCCGAGUUCCUGCGCUGCUCGCAGUUCAGCAACGUGACCUCUGCGUUGUCGCCGCCGUCUUCGUCAUUGUCGCCAUCAUCAUCACCAUCGCCAUCGCCUUCAUCAUCGCCCACGGCAACAGCAGGCCCCACCCCUUUUUCCUGUUACACACCGAGGCAGAUCAAAGGGAAACCCUCUGUGUGUGGCGGGAAGGACCACUUCCUGUGUGCAACCGGGAUCUGUGUCCCUCAGAAACUGGUGUGUAACGGCUACAACGACUGCGACGACUGGAGCGACGAAACACACUGUGUGUGUGCAGAUGGAAAGUUUCGGUGUAACACCGGCCGGUGUGUCUCGCCCACUCUGGUCUGUGACGGUUACGAUGACUGCGGAGACCUGAGUGACGAACUCAACUGUGUGUGCGAUCGGUCUCAGGAGCACCGCUGUGGGGACGGUCGCUGCGUGUCCCGAGACUGGCUGUGUGACGGAGACCACGACUGUCUGGAUAAGAGCGACGAGCUCAACUGCUCCUGUAAGAGUCAGGGUCUGCUGGAGUGCAGGAACGGUCAGUGUAUUCCUUCGGCGUUUCGCUGUGACGGCGAGGACGACUGUAAAGACGGCAGCGACGAGGAGCACUGCAGCAGAGAGCAGACUCAGGGUGUGUGUCCUCCGGGUCAGCCCAGCUGUAUCUCCACUUCCUGUCCGUCAGUGUGUGUGGGGGGCAACGCCGCCUGUGACCCCCGAAACAACAACAACAACAACAACUGCACUCGCUGUGAGCCCAUCAGUCUGGAGCUGUGCAUGAACUUGCCCUACAACCUGACCAGCUACCCCAACUACCUGGGCCACCUGUCCCAGAGAGAGAGCUCCGUGUCCUGGGAGUCGUCCCUGUUCCCGGCCCUGGUCCAGACCGGCUGCUACCAGUACCUGAUGUUCUACGCCUGCACGCUGCUGGUGCCAAAGUGUGACCCCGUGACCCUGCAGAGGGUCCCGCCCUGCAGGUCGUUGUGUCGUAAUGCGAAGGGGAAGUGUGAGUCGGUGCUCGGCAUUGUGGGAUUGCAGUGGCCUGAGGACUCGGACUGCAGUCAGUUUCCAGAGGAGGGAGGAAACACCACCUGCCUGCUGCCGGAGGACGGCGUCGACGAGUGCUCCCCCAGCCACUUCAAGUGCCGGUCGGGUCGCUGCGUCCUGGCGAGCAAACGCUGCGACGGACACCUGGACUGUGACGACCACAGCGACGAGGACAACUGCGGCUGUUCUGAGCGUGCUCUGUGGGAGUGCCCCGGCAGUAAAGUCUGUAUCAAAGCCAGUAUGAUCUGUGACGGGUUCCCAGACUGCCCCCUGCUGGUGGACGAGGCCAACUGCUCGGUGUGCAGAGAUAACGAGCUGUCCUGUAACAACCAUCAGUGCGUUCAUCGGACUCUGUGGUGCGAUGGAAAGAAACACUGCUCGGACAGCUCGGACGAGUGGAACUGUGUGUCUCUGUCCGAUCGAUCAGGUUCGGUAUUGACGGUGUUCAGGACAGCAGCAGAGUAUCAGGUCUGUGCAGACGAGUGGAACCACGAUCUGAGCAAACUGACCUGCAACCAGCUGGGACUAGGAGUUCCCUCCUCUGUUUCCAUGGUAGCCGACCAGCCUGGCGUCCCGGGCCGUCGCCGUUGGUUACACGUCCAUCCGGAGUGGAACCAGAGGAACGGAUCCGCUCUGCAGGCCCGACUGGAGAAGAGAAGCCAUGCGUGUCAUUCCAGGAGGAGAGUAUCGGUGCUUUGUACCAGAGAAGAGUGCGGCCUGCGCCCGGUGCUGGGCGCCUACCCUCACAGGAAGAAGAGGAUUCUGGGAGGGCGGGUGUCGCGGCGGGGGUCGUGGCCGUGGCAGUGCUCGCUGCAGAGCGGUCAGAGCGGCCACGUCUGCGGCUGCGUGCUCAUCGCCCGGCGGUGGGCUCUGACGGUCGCUCACUGCUUCGAGGGGAGGGAGAGUGCCGACCUGUGGAAGGUGGUGUUGGGUCUGAACAACCUGGACCAUCCAGGAGUUCACAGUCAGACCCGCGGGGUGCGCUCCAUCAUCGUACACCCGCGCUACAACCGGGCGGUGGUCGACUACGACAUCAGCGUGGUGCAGCUGGACUCUGAGAUCGAGGAGACGGAGUUCGUCCGGCCGGUGUGUCUGCCGGACCUCGACCAGCUCCCCUCUCCGGACUCCUACUGUUACAUCACAGGCUGGGGUCACAUGGGCAACCGGAUGCCCUUUAAGCUGCAGGAAGGGGAGGUUCGGAUCAUCUCGCUGUCUCAGUGUCAGUCUUACUUCGACAUGAAGACCAUCACUCCCAGGAUGCUUUGCGCCGGUUACGACGCCGGAACCGUGGACUCCUGCAUGGGCGACAGCGGCGGCCCGUUGGUGUGCGAGCAGGAGGACGGCGGCGGUCGCUGGACGCUGUUCGGCCUGACGUCGUGGGGCAGCGUGUGCUUCAGUAAAGUGCUCGGACCCGGCGUGUACAGCAACGUGACGCACUUCACCCCCUGGAUCCAACAACAGAUCUACAUCCACACCUACCUGAGCGACUGACACACACACACACACC